UUUUAUUUGUGAUGCAAUGGACCAGAUGGCGGAUGAAAUGACGCUGAGAGCCGAUGUGAAAGACAAACGGAGAGUAAACACUGCGGAGGAGAGCUCUACAUUGGUGAGAGGAGAAAACACACAAAGUGAAGCUCAAGUCAGCGACUGGAGACUUGGUUCCUCUGCAGAAACUGAGCCCGGGGAGACCAGCAGAGACACAGACGCUCAGCAGCCUAGAGAGUGUGACAGCUCUUCCCCUCUGUUCUCUUUGAAAAGGUACCUGAGGAGAUCUUCCUCUGCAACAUCCUCCUCCUCCUCUACAGACUCUCUGUCUUCUUCUCAGCCGAGCAACACGGGAGUGGACUGUGCAGAAAUUGUCCUGAACUGUCUCUUCUGUCGGUUCUACGACAUGAUCCUUCUGCUUCCUUGUUCCUGUGAGAGAGUUGCCAAUCACUGCUGCCCCAACUACAAGCAAGUCGUCACCCCACCGGAGUCACCAAGCAGUAGCGAUGACUAUUGCACGAACAUGGACUGUGGUCUUUUCAACCCCGGUCAGGAUGCCAGUGACUGCCUGGAGUUGGCCAUGGAGAUUUCAGAAAUAUGCUAUCACUAG